AUGGAGACUCCAACACCCACAGCGCCUGUGGCUCCCGUGGUCCGUAAAUCGCUUCAAAACUCUACAAACAGUACUUCAAAGGACAAGAAUGGAGAUCAGCCAGAGCAAACUCAGAAAAAAGCCCCAAGGAAAAAUAGUCAGGACGCGCAGAGCGCAGACAAUAUUACAUUACCGGUGCCAUCACAAUGCCAUUGGUCGUUGCAUAAUCUGCCGGAUAUCUUGUAUCAGCUGAACCCGACAGACGGAGCUGCUCGAAAAAGUGAUCCGGUACAAUUAAAGCCAUCUCCCUAUUACGGUCAAGCACCAAUCCGAGUCUUCGAUAUCCUGCCAGAUAGAAUCUCGUCAAACGUUGAGGAUUGGCGUGUCGAAGCGUGGCUACGUCUAGAUAGACGCAUACGCCUUAAGGAUAUUACUGCUAGAAUGGCUCCGGAUUUCGCGAUGACAACCAAUGCCUUGCAGCAGAGGAACGUACGAUUCCGCCAACUAUUCAACAUUGUCUCCUGGGGCAAGGGUAACAAGCUUACAGAAAAUCAUAGAGAAAAAAUCCAUAAAAUGUUAGAAGAGCGAGGCAUUGACCUUAGCCUUAAUACAACCCGGGGUAUAACCCCGGGCCUCAUUGAUCCCAAUGACCCUGGCAAAGGGAGGAUUCCCUUUGAUAAAAAUUACUUAAAAAAUAUCAAAGACCAGGAGGAGAGAGCCAGGAAAAGGGCAGCAGAUAAUGCGAAGAAGUCCGCAGCAAGCUUCGAGGUCAAGACGACGCCAACUUCAAGCCCGAUCACGAGCCGCGUCGAUUAUACUGCUGGCCAAAACGGAUAUGCUGCGAAUUCUCCUUCGGGUUACCCCGAAUUCUCGGCUGCUGCGCAAGAAAACAAGGGCCAUAACGAACAAUGCGAUGAAGAUACUGAGGGCUCCAACAACGCUUAUGCCGAUGAUAUCAAUGAAGAUGGAGGCAACGAAUAUAAAGGCGACGAAGCCAAUAGAGCCGAUAGAGAUCGCAGGUAUGGCGCCAACAGUGAGGGAAGCGAUGGCGGAGACGCCAGCCAAUAUAAUGAAAAUGAAGGGGGUGAUGAGGACGGCGAUAGUCACGACGACAACCCUAAAACCAAUGGCGACGAGCCUGAAGAGUCGUCUGGGGAUGAGAGCGAUAGCAGCGAUGACAGCGAUUACGCUCCGGACGAUGACGACUCCUCGAACAAAGCGAAGGCGGGCAACAACCACCACGUGGCAGGAAAGCACCUACUUUCCACGGGCGGCAAAAGACUUCCUGGACAAACAGAUAAUAAACAGAUAGUCAUCAAACGCAAGGCACGGGAUGAGCAUUAUACGGGGGCUGGUCCUUCGAAUAGCGCGAAACCGGCUCGAAAGAAGCAAAAGUUGACAUUGCUUGAAGAACAACAACAAGCAGCUCAUCAGAUUGUAUCCUGCCCACAGUGCGAUCGGCAACUGAAACUUAAAGAUGUUGAAUUUCACAUCCAGCGUUGUCGAGGAAGCUUCCAGGGGCCCAAGAAACUGCAGCCACCACGAAGUCUGCCAACUCCGUUACCGGCACCGAGGAAGCCGCCAACUAAUUCUCAGAUGCCCGGACACGCGCAGCUACCACAGGUCCGGCCAAUUCAUUUCCCAGCACCCAGCCGAGUAAGACAUCUACAAAGUCAACCAGCUGCAGAAACGCCAAGGGCACAAAUGUUUGCUAGAAGGGGAUUUAAAAUUCUUAAACCCCAUGGUCAAUCAAUACAGUCAGCUCAGCCAAAACGGAAGCGUGAGGAACCACACGAACCGGAUGCAGAGAGAUGCAAGCGCCAGCGACAGAAUGUUCAAAAUCCCGAAAAGCCACCCUCUCCAAAGAAACCUGCAAACGAGAUUCCGAAUCGCCCAGAGCCACAAAAUCUCACAAGGGCCAGAGACCUCACCGAAGCCGAAGAAACUGAAGAAACUGUUUGGGGCACCUUCGUAUGGAAACACACAGGUAUCAAUACUCUGAAUCCGCCAACAGAGAUGCCCCCGCUGGUGCCUGAUGAACCUUACAUCUCGGCCUCUCCCUACGCCAACUAUGUUCUCGAGGAACGAAUGAGGUGCCUACUACCAGUCGCGGGAGCUCUUGAACGUGUGCUUGGAACUGCUAUACAAAUCAAUUGGUCAGAGUGGUUGAAUCUGCGAACUACCUACGAUCCUCGUCGCCAAGAGAACAUCCUCCACGAAGAUCAGGAAAUGUUAAAAGCGAUCCUUACGGAAAAGGAAUAUUUGACCUUGAUGUCUUUGUUCGGGAAAUCAAAAGAUAUACCUUGGCCUGACGAAGUUGGGAAACCAAAGGAUGCAUCUUGGCUAGACAAGGAAUUAGAAGAUAGCCUUGGGCAAGAUGAGUUCGGGAAAUCAGAAGAAGGGCCUUGGCCAGACGAGUCCUGA